AAGCGCCGCUGCCUGCGCGUCCGGAAUCAUGGAUCAAGUAAUGCAGUUUGUGGAACCUAGCCGUCAGUUUGUGAAAGAUUCCAUACGACUUGUUAAGAGGUGCACUAAGCCUGACAGGAAAGAGUUCCAGAAGAUUGCCAUGGCAACAGCAAUAGGCUUUGCAAUAAUGGGAUUUAUUGGCUUCUUUGUCAAAUUGAUCCAUAUCCCAAUCAACAACAUUAUUGUUGGCGGCUGAACACUCAUCAGGAACCUUGAGAUGCUUGCUCUAAAGACUUCACAACUUUGUAACUUGUUUACUAUUAAACAAGCUCAGUUUGGGAUUUCAAACA